AUGUGGUCGCUCCGCAGACGCCGUGCCAUACGUCAGCUUACCAUCUCCGUGGUAGUCGUGGCGUUCCUCUCGGGCGGCGUAUACCUCUGCGCCCACGGAGGCAUUGAAUUCAGAGGCAGCAAAGAUUUUACUUCGACGCCAAGCCGUGCCCUCCAGUCGCUUCCGCCCAAGGUUCUCCCGAAGCAGCGCACUUACGCGCAUCCCUUCGAUUAUAUCAUCAACUCACCCCAUCUGUGCCUUGGCAACGACACUAGACCUCAUCGCGUUGACUAUCUCUUUGUGGUAUUCUCGGCCGCCGAAAACUCGGGACACCGUGUUGCCAUUCGCGAGACCUGGGGCCAAGACCUGAGGGAGUAUCCGGCCACCAGGGUAGUGUUUUUUUUGGGUGCCACCAACGACUCGAGACUUCGGUCCACCCUCCGGAGCGAGUCUUCGGUUCACUCGGACAUCAUCCAGGGGUCCUUCAUCGAUGCCUACAGCAACGUGACUCUCAAGUCGAUCAUGAUGUUGCAGUGGGCGUCCACAUUCUGCCGCUGCGCUCGGUUCGUCGUCAAGGUAGACGACGACACGUACCUGAACGCUGCCAACUUCUUCGCGACGAUAGCUCCGCGCCCACCGGAUGCUAUAUAUGGCCGACUCUUUGAGGGCAGCAUACCUAUCAGAGAUCCGGCUGACAAGUAUCACGUAAGCCUCGAAGAUUACCCUGCGUCCUCGUACCCGAACUACGUGGCGGGCUCUAGCUACGUGCUGGGCGGACACAUCGUAGAGACGCUUUACAGAGCGACGGGCCAAGUGAAGCCUUUCCCAAUUGAGGACGUCUACAUCACCGGCUCCUGCGCCGAAAGUGCCGGCAUCCGUCGCGUGGGCCUUUCGGGUUUCCACUCGCAAAGAGUGGGGUCUCCCUGCGGUCUUAAGAACGCCGUGACUUCUCACUACACGCCGCCGCGGAAGAUGUACACAUUAAAGGACCAACUGCGACGCCUGGAAUUCGUGUGCUACCGAGUACUAUUUGACUUUGCGUACUACUGUUAUUGUAGGACGUUGCUCCCGACUUGA